GGAAAAAGGAGUUGUAAUGGUUUACUAAAGCUGUUCAAAUAUAGAUGUCAACUAGGUGUUAUGCCUUGCUGGAGAACAAAAUAAGAGAAGGUGGAUUUAUGAUCCAACCUAGACCUUUAGGUGAGAGCUAAUUCAGACAUGGUUCUGAUCAUUAAACUUUCAGAAGGCUUAUUGAGGCAGCUCUUUGGAGAGUUUUUUAAAAGGUAGAUUUAAAUGUGUCAUUUCAAGAAAAGAAACUAGUAUUUCUGAUCAUCAAGAAGGAGCCCCACACUGUUUCAAUCACGUUGGCAUAUGUUAACUCACUUAAUCCUUAUAAUGACUCCAUGAGAUAAGUAUUACUAUCCCCAAUCUAUAGAUGUAAGCAUUGAAAUUAAGGGUUAAGCAAUGUAUUCAAAAUAAUGUAGCUUGUGGUGAGAGGCAAAGUUAGGAUUUGAAUCCAGCUGUGUGUUUCUUCCCACCAUACCAACCAGCUUCCCGUAACUGAAAACUAGAUGAUGGGCCAAAGGACCAAUGAGACUCCAGUUUCCUGAACCCAUUCAGAACAGAAACAGUAUCUUACCUGUUUUUGCCACACCUACCACAGUACCUAAUCCCUAGUAAAGGAUUUAGUAAAUAUGUUUAUAUUGAACUGGUUUGAACUUGAUCCUGUCUGAAGAGGUGAAAUUUAAACAAGACACCAAUGAAGAGGAAUCUGUCAUUCAUAUUUGGAAAGAAUGUUACAAGCAGAGGGAACAGUAGAUGGACUAUAAGACGCUCGCCCAAGAAACUGCUCAAGAAAUUUUAGGAUACAAUCAAGAUACAUCAGGCUGGAAAGUGGUUAAGACUUCAAAAAAGAUAACUGUUUCCAGCAAGGCUUCUAAAAGAUUCCAUGGAAAUCUAUAUCGUGUUGAAGGAAUAAUUCCAGAAUCAACAACUAAGCUAUCUGAGUUCCUCUACAAACCUGAAAACAGAGUUACAUGGGAUAAAUCAUUGAAAGUGUACAAUAUGGUACACAAGAUUGAUUCGGACACAUUCAUAUGUCAUACCAUUACACAAAGUUUUGCCAUGGGCUCAAUUUCCCCCCGAGACUUUAUCGACUUAGUAUACUUCAAGCACUGCGAAGGGAAUAUGGAUAUUAUCAGUUCUAACAGUGUGGAUUUUCCAGCAUACCCACCAUCGUCAAAUUACAUACGUGGUUAUAACCAUGCUUGUGGCUAUAUAUGUUCUCCUCUGAAAGAGAACCCAGCACAUUCCAAACUAGUGAUGUUUGUCCAGACAGAAAUGAAAGGAAAAUUGUCCCCAUCAAUAAUUGAAGCAACCAUGCCUUCCAACUUAAUAAGCUUCAUCCUCAAUGCAAAAGACGGAAUAAAGGCACACAGAAUUCCAUCAGGACACGGAUCUCAUCCUAACGGCCACUCAUCUUUCCUAAAAAAGAAAUGAGGCCACAGAAGAGCAUGCGUGGCAGUCAUUGCCACUCACCUCCAAGUCAAUGUGCAUAAAUACUGUUAAACUUUGCUAGACGGUAUCCUUGUACAAAUUACUGAAGGCACCUUGUGAAAAUAAGAAGUCACAGUAGUACAAGAGAACAGCAUUCAAUAUAGUUUUUAAUCUCAUAUAAGAAUGAUGUGAAUAACAAGUGUCCUUUAAUGUACUUUUAUCUUUUGUUUUGUUCCCCCUGGAAAAUGCCCUGCAAAAGAAUCAGUAAGAAAGCAUACACGGUCAGAGGUCAGCAUUAAUUAAAAAUUAAAAUAUA